UGCACUUCUCUUUCAUGCCCAUUCAUCUCUUCUCAAUCUCCUUUCCUUUCUCUAUUUUCCAAGGAACCACCUAUCUUGAAUUUGAGCCAAAUAUUUAAUCUUCUAUGUUUUCACCCCUGAACCCAAGUUCUCUUUCCACUUGAUAAACAACUAAACUCCUCUGUUUCUCCCCUUGCUCUGUUCCUUUUUCCUCUGUUUCCUCUGCCUCUUUGCAUUUCCAUUGUGGUGGAUAAUUCAAAUGUCUUCCUCAAGUGUCUGCCAAGGGUUGCAAUCUUGUCUCGAACCCCGUCUUAUCGAACCACAUGUGUUGAAUCUCAAGUUAGCUCCAACAAGGUCCAACUCCAACCUUUCUCCAUCCCCUGAAUUUUCCAGCUUUAGGAGAAGUAGUAGCAGCUCCUUCUUCUCAAUCUUAGAAUCUGAUCAAAAUGUUAAGGAAUCCAAAUCAGGUUGGAGUUUUCUUCAAUCAUCUGAGAAUAAUGUGUAUGUCCACCCUUCCUUUAAGCUCUCCUCUUCAAAGUUCAGUGCAGAGAGCUUGGAGUUGUGCACUGAAAGUCUAGGCUGUGAAACUGGUAGUAGCAAUGCCGUUGAUAAUGGCACUGAUCAUGAUAUGUCCUUGUUUUCAUCAGAAAGCAACUCCAGUUAUGCGGUUAAAAGAAACUCUGAGUCUAAAAAAUUGAAUAGGGUUAGUAGCAACUUUCCACCGCCACUAACUUCAAUGGCUGAGUUUGGAGGGUUCCAAGUGAGGUCUCAUCGUGAAGAUGGGAGGUUGAUAUUGGAAGCUUUAACUUCCUCUUCACCCAAACCUUAUUUUCAAGCAGAGCGUGAAAAUGGGAGGCUUAGGCUUCGAUUGUUUAAGAGUGUCUCCUCUUGUUGUUGUGAUGAUGGUGAUGGUGAAGCAUGUGUUGAAGAAGAAGCUGAGGUAGUAGAGGUUUUGGAUGAUAACGUUUGGUGUGGUGGUGAGGAUGAGACGGAGAUGACAAAUUUUACAAGACCAAGCAGGUGCAAGGAAAGUGGGAGUAGAGACAUUUUUGGUGAUGGUUACUUUGAGCUUCCAUCUCUUUCUCUCUGUCUCUGAGUCUGAGCACCAGAACCUUGUCUUACCACAAUUGUCUUUUUUCUUUUUACCCUUUUAGAAUGAUCAGGUUGUUAGUGUUUGGAAGUUGGAAAAUGUUACUUGUCCGUACACUUUUUGCAGGCUUAAAAAAGAUUAAUGUAUUACCGACGGUUUUUAUCUGAUGCAAAUACACACAUUAGCAACGGUUUAUAUAACUGCUACAAUUACGCCAGUUAAAACUACCAUUACUUUUGCAAGUUUGAUUCUUGAAAUUUCAGAACUUCCCCAAUGGUAGUUAUUAUGGU